AUGGAGCAGCCAGCAGUCCCUCCCACCACGGCUGCAACCAUCACCACCAACAUAACAGCUUCUCCAGCUCCCAACAACGAGUUCGAGUCCCCUCCACCAUCACAGCCGACAACACAACAAGCUCUCCCAACCACGGUUUCGACCGUCACGUCCAAUGUAACGGCUCCGGCGCCGCUACCAGAGACUGAAGCUCGGUCACCGCCACCGGAAGAAGCACAAGACAAAUCCUCUGCGCCACCCUCCUCCGGCACAAGCAUUUCACAGAUGCAACGCCAGAUCCAAUCGUCGCUCUCCUCCCAACCAAGCAAGUUGAACAUCCCUGCUCGUCUAGCCCAGACACUCCAGCGCACAGUCCCUGCCGCGACCAAGACCUAUACGAUCUACGGCCAGACGGAGGCGUUAUUCAAAUCCUGCGCCGCACAGGCGGACUACACCAUCCCACAAGACCAGCGCAUGAACAUCCUAACGGGUAAGGGGCCUGCGAAGGAGGCGUCGCAGGAAGGAGCAGAGCUGGGACAUCCGCUCCCAGAGAACAAGCACGCGUGGUGGUUCACGACCUUGAACCUGCCGCCCACCUUUUCGACGUGGUCGCAGAUUACUUUUCUGCACCUCUACGUGAUCGUCACACAGCUGCGCGCGGUGCUGGAUUCGGAGUCUGAAUUUCAGAACUACCACCGCUAUCUGAUUGAGCAUUUCUCCCGAGAAGCCGAGGACAAGAUGGUGCUGCUCCACAACCUCAACGCCCAAGGGAUCCGCAGUCGAUACCUGAAGGAUCUCCUCCUGCAGUGGCGCGGGAUCCUGGUGUCGUACGACGAAGGGCUCGUCAAGGGCGAUGCCGUGCUCGCAAGCGCCAUCUGGCGGAACCUGUUCCGUGCGGACGAGGACGUCGACUGGGUGAAAGUUGCUCAGGUCGUGGCGUUCUUGCGCCUGGCCGUGCAGAAAGUUGGCUCCAUGACCAUGGACGACAUGAUUCAGCAUCUGAAUUCUCAGCAGACCGGAACCAGUAUCUGGCCUGCCUCUCAGGGGUCUAUCGCGACGAUCGUGGGCAAGCAGAGCCGUGGUAUCAAUGCUCCGUUUGAGCAGUAG